UCAUCUUGCUGCACUGGUUUGGGCCUGACCCUUGGCUCUGGAAGCCUGCCCUGAGCUGGGGCGCCCCAAUCCCAGGGCCCCACAGGGCCCCUCCCCUAAGGCACCCCUUCCCCAUCCCCCCUGUCCUCACCCCAUGGCGUCCUGGCAGGCUACUUCCUUUCCUCUCUUUGGGAGCCGCCCAGGUCACCGCCCCUGAAGGAGGGCAGCAAAGGUGGCCCGGAAGCAGAGGCUCCAGGACACUGAGGGGCAGAAGCCAAAGCCUCAGGGAGAAGUUGCAGCCCUCCUCCUGUCCUGUGCACAAGCAGACUGGGCCCCUGCAUCUGACCUUGCACAUAUACAUUUCCUGGAAUGAUACAGAGAAGAUUAACAUGGCCCCUGUGUAAGGAUGACACACACAUUGGAAGGAAGAACCUUUGGAGAUGUCUUCCAAUAAUGACCCUGUUGCAAUCCCGAUGAUAGAAAAAAAUCCCAAUGACCUUCCUGGAAUGGACACCAGUGACCCAGACACAUUGACUGGAGAGGCUGUGUUGAGUUUUCAUAACAUCAGCUAUCGAGAGACAGUGCAGAGCAGCUUUCCAUUUUGUAAAAAAACAGAGGAGAAAGAAACACUAUCAAAUAUCAAUGGGAUCAUGAGACCUGGCCUCAAUGCCAUCAUGGGAACUGAUCGGAGCAGAUCUUGGUUAUUGGAUGUCUUAGCUGCAAGGAAAGAUCCACGUGGAUUAUCAGGAGAUAUUUUGAUAAAUGGGAAACCUCGACCUGCUAAUUUCAAAUGUAUUUCUGGUUAUGUACCACGAAAAGAUGUGGUGAUGCGCACAGUGACUGUGAGAGACAAUAUAGAGUUCUCAGCAGCUCUUCGACUUCCAAUGACUGUAACAAAAGAUGAAAGAAGAAGGAGAAUUGAUGAGGUCCUUGAACUUCUGCAUCUGGAUGAAGUGGCAAAUGUCAAGCCUAGAUCUAAGGAGCUCAGGAAAAGGACCAGUAUAGCAAUGGAGCUGGUCAUCGAGCAUCCCAUUCUGUUCUUGGAUGAUCCCACCACUGGCUUAGACUUGAGGACUACAACUGAUGUCAUCUCAGUCCUGAGAAGGAUGUCUAUGAGGGGACGGACAAUCAUCUUCUCCAUUAAUCAGCCCCAGUACUCCAUCUUCAGAACUUUUGAUAGCCUCACCUUAGUGGCCUCAGGAAAAGUCAUGUAUCAUGGCCCUGCACAAGAGGCACUGGAGUACUUCACAUCCAAAGGUUAUGAAUAUGAUUCCCACAACAACCCUGCAGACUUCUUCCUGGACAUCAUUAAUGGAGGUUUCUCUGGUAUAUUAGACACAGAGGAAGAAGGCCAAGAUGCUGACAAGUAUAAAGAGCAUUCUCAGAGAUGGCACCAAAUCCCCCAAAAAUUAGCCAAUAUGUAUGCCCAGUCCUCCUUAUACAGAGAAACAAGAACUGAACUGGAUUCACUCUUGGGGGAACAGAGGGCAGAGAGGAGCUCAGCCUUGGAGGAGAUCACGUGUGUCACCCCUUUCUGGAAUCAGCUUGGGUGGAUUAUCCAUCGUUCAUUCAAAAAUUUAAAGAAUUUUCAACAAGUCACUAUGAUUCAGGCAAUUGUUGCAGUCCUACUAUCUGUGAUUAUCGGCAGUGCUUUACGUUUCCUACAAAAUGAUUGUCAUGCAGUCCAGAUAAGAGCCAUCUUGCUCCUCGUGCUCACAGGCUUUGGAUGUAUGACAGGCUUGUUUUACUCGGAGCAUGUUAUGAUCAAAAGGGAUUGCUUUCUACAUGAGCAUACCAGUGGAUACUACAGAGUGUCACCAUAUUUCCUUGGGAAGUUGGCUGAGCUGGUACCCAGGAGGCUAUUGCCAAGUACUAUAUUUACUAUUAUAGUAUUCAUUAUAGCAGGAGGAAAAACAGAUGUGAAUGGUUUCUUCGCUAUGAUACUUACUGUCAUGAUGUUGGCUUGUUCUGCCAGUUCUCUGUUGCUGUCUUUAGGAGCAGUGAUGAAUGGACCAACUGUACCAAUACAAAUCAUCUACUUUAUGCUCAUGCUGUUUAUCUCAGGUCUAUCACUAUUUUACACGAACUUCUUGCAAGACCUCUCAUGGAUUCAGUACUUCAGCAUUCCUCAUUAUGGAUUUACAGCUUUGCAGCACAGUGAAUUCCUGGAACAAAACUUCUGUCCAGAACAUAACGCAGCAGAAGUCAGUAGAUGUCAGAACUAUGUAAUAUGUACUGGUGAAGAAUUCUUGACGAUCCAGGGCAUCGAUCUCUCAUCAUGGGGCUUCUGGAAGAAUCAUGUGGCCUUAGCUUGUAUAAUGAUUAUCUUCUUAUCAGUUACCUAUGUGCAAUUAUUAGUUAUUAAGAAAAAGACAUUUUUAAAAUCACUCCUCCACUUUCUUUGAAUUCAUCUGACAUUGAAAAGAAAUUAAAACUUUCCCUGUGUGUGGCUGUGUCAGAGGAGCAGCAGGUGGCACUGAAGCUUCAGGAAAGUCACCAGAGUGCAAGGCACUGAUGGGUGAAUCUCUGAUAGGCAAGACCUGGAGGGAUUGAGCUUCUGAAUGUCUCUUGCUACUGCUGUGCCUUCACAUGUUUGCUGCUGCCAUUUUUUUUUUCUGGAAUGAAUUAUGUGAAUGGGGGUUGGGAGAAUACCCACUGCCUUUAAUGUUGUAUGCUUAUCUUGUGGAAAUAUCCCAUUCUACUGGGCAUUUUUCCUGUAGAUUAUUAUGAAGAUGAUUUCUUCUUAAGCUGUACUGUUUAACUGAAGUAAUGGUUUUAUACAGUAAUAGUGGUAGUUUAAAUAGAAUUUUGACGAAGGGUUUUUAACACAUGUAGUAAGGGGUUAUGAUAGAGGUGAGUUUAGUGGGAAAUUUAUUAUAGGUAAAUAUAAGAUAUAGUGUUGUCCCCCCUCUUCCCCCAAUGAAGCAGGGACUGCAUUGAUAGGAAUUUGGACCAAGGAAGUGUCAUGCAGCUAAGACUUAUGAGUUUCUCUUGAGGAGUCCUAUAGACUAUGGUUUAGGUGAAUGAUUAAGAAAAACAAUCAAGACCCAGGAAUUAGCUUAAGUUCUUUUUGAUAUUGGGAAAUGUGUUCAUGGAUUUUGGAGUGCAUCAUAGCUAAAACAAAGCUUUAAAUAAUACUUCAUGUAACUAGAAAAAAAAAGUUGGAUAGUUAGUUAAGAUAAUUGGGAAGAACUCUUAAAAUUUAAACCCAUAUUUCUUGCAAUUAUAAAAACUACUGCCUUUAUAACAGUUAUGGCUGAAAGGCUCCUGAUCUAUGAGAAUUCUAAAAGAUAAAUGGUUAACUGUAUGUGAGUACUUUGGGACUAUUUGUUUUUCACCUGUAAUAUGUAAAAUGUUUACUCAUUUUUUUUUACUGGUAUUCAUUGUAAUCAUUUACUUA